UUUCUCUCUCUUGGCUACUAUAAAUAUGAUCAUCCUUACUCUUAUCUUUCAUCACUUUCAAACAAUCUCACUCUUAUCUUUCACCACUUUCAAACAAUCUCAUUCUCAAGUGUUUUCGUUAUCAUCCAAGCAAUUUCCAUCAUCAUUCAAGCAAUGGAGUCUUUCAACAUCCUGUUUCUAUUGAUCACUAUUAUUGGUAUUGGGCAUAGUUUGGCCCUCACUACUAUCUCUCCAAAAUUAUAUUGGGAGUCUAUGCUUCCUACCACUCCACUGCCAAAAGCAAUUCUUGCUCUUCUUCAACCAGAUUUCUUUUUCUCCCCGAAGAGUCACAACGGAAGCCCAUCUCUUUAUAUUGAGGAAAAUGCUGGUCAAAAAUAUGCGUAUGUCGAUCAUCCUCAUUCACAAAACAGUAAUGUUUCAAGCAUCUUCUUCUUAGACAAUAUGUUAUCUAUUGGUUCAACAUAUAACUUGUAUUUUCUAAAUAUUUCAUCAAAAAAUUCCCCUUUCUUGGUGCGAGUGGCUGCAAACAAAUAUCCCUUUUCUUCGAACAAACUAUUAGACAUCCUUGCCAGAUUCUCAAUAAAACCCAAUACCGACGAAGCAAAAUUGAUAGAAAACACAAUUAUGGAUUGUGAAGUUCCUCCUAUCAAGGGGGAAGAAAGGUAUUGUGCAACGUCAUUAGAGAGCAUGGUGGAUGUGGUGAUCAUGAAGAUGGGGAAGGAAGUUAAGGUAAUGUCAGCUACAGUGGAGGACGGAAUGAACCCAACGUAUUCACAAGUUUCAACGGUGGUGGAGAAGUCGAAGGUAAACAACCUUCUUUGCCAUAAGGAAACAUACCCAUAUGCCGUGUUUUAUUGCCAUUCAAAUCGGGGAACGCGAGUCUAUGAGGUUGGUUUUAUUGAUAAGGAUGGAAAGAGGGCCAAUGUUUUGGCAGUUUGCCAUAACGACACCUCCGGUUGGGAUCCAAAACAUUUUGCUUUCAAAUAUCUGAAGGUGAAACCGGGUGGAGCUACAAUAUGCCAUUUUCUUCCUCCAUAUGAUUUGGCUUUCUUUGUAUAAAGUCAUCACAACUGUGAUCAGUGGCCUAACCUAUCUUGACUCCAAAUAAUUAUUGUUUGACGUCUGUUUGUUUUCAAAGGUGUGUCCAUCCUAGCUAAUAUGAUCUAUGGUUGUAUUUGGUUUGUUUGUAUUUUUGUCCUUCUGUCCCUUUUAAAGUUUGUAUCGUUUUUAUUAUUAUAUCAAUGAGAAGUAUUUCUUGUUUGAAA